AGCUACCUCGCUACCAUUCCCUCUCCACCUCGUGACACCUCUUCUCAGUCUCGGCGAGGUAGUCGUGGCACUUAUCGUCACUAUCUCCAAACUCACCUCUUCAUCUUCCCUUCCAUCUGCGUUCUGACGAUCAUCAACACCUAGACCCACUUGCCCGGAUGGCGCCCAAGGUCACAGCCAUCGAUCAUGCCGCCCAAGGUCAGGUAGCCGAUGAAGCUCCCCGCCCAGACAGCAUCGCCAAUGCCACUGCCAGAGAUGCAGCAGAGACAGAGGCACUACAGGCAAAGCUACAGAGCAAUCAAGAUGCUGGAGCCAAUGUCAUGAAUUUUGAUGAGGAGGCUAGUCCAGAGCAGAAGGGAGCUCAAGCUAGGGCACUUGCACAGGAAAAGGUAAAGCCGGUCAAUGCAAAGGCAAAGAAGGAUGAUACAGGAGCUGGCAUUGCAUCUGAUAUCGGCAAAACUCAGCAUGUACAUUCCACGAUCCGGAUGUCAGACAUUGACCGGGUCAGCAAGUCAGAAGGGCAAAAAGGAGAUGGUACAGGCCCCAAAGCAGGUGGGCCUUCUCUCAACGUCUCCGAUGACGCCAUUGUAGGUCAUACAGGCGCUGCAAAGGCGCUCCUCGCAGGACAGAAGCCCCUCGCACCAGGAGAAGAGGAGGAGGCUAAAACUGCGUGGGAGUCUGCCCUCGUCGGCAAAUACGUCCCUGAAGACAAGUUGGGCAAAUUCUGGUUCGAUGGAGCAUCGGUCAUCCUUGCUGUCCUCACCACAUACUUCUUCACUCGCUUCGGAGGCGGCAUCUUCUCAAUGCUCAUCAUUGGAGCCUUCUUCACAACGUAUUACAAUGCUUCCUCCCGGCGCACAAGACAAAGGGUCAGGGAUGACAUUGCCCGCGAGAUGGCAAGGCACAAGAUGCUCGAUGAGAACGAGACGGUCAUGUGGAUGAAUUCCGCCCUCACUCGCUUCUGGGCAAUCUACGAGCCCGUCCUCUCCGCUACCAUCAUCUCCACUGUGGAUGCCAUUCUCGUCCAGAACUGCCCCAGCUUCCUUGACUCUAUUCGUCUCACCACAUUCACAUUGGGAACAAAAGCACCGAAGAUAGACUUUGUGCGCACAAUCGCGACCAAGACCGAAGAGGAGAUCUGCAUGGACUGGAAAUUCAGCUUCACACCCAAUGACACGCUUGACCUGACAGUCAGGCAAGCAGCAGCUAAGAUCAAUCCAAAAAUCGUGCUGACCGUUCGCCUGGGCCGCGGUAUAGUCGGAGCAGGCUUGCCUAUCCUGGUCGAGGACAUCAGCUUCGUCGGCCACGUACGUCUGAGGAUGCAAUUGAUGUCCAAUUUCCCACACGUGCAGUUGGUAGACAUCUCAAUGAUGACUCCUCCAGAAUUCGACUACGUUCUCAAGCCCAUUGGAGGCUCCACGAUGGGCUUCGACAUUGGCAACAUCCCAGGUCUCAGCAGCUUUAUCCGCGAGCAGGUCCAUGCCAAUCUCGGACCGAUGAUGUAUUACCCGAACAUGUUCACUGUGAACCUCGAGGAGCUAUUGUCUGGCACUCCCCUCGACACAGCGGCUGGUGUCUUGCAGAUCACAAUCUGGUCUGCUCGUAAUCUCAAGGGAGUCAAGCUGGGCGGCGGCACUCCUGAUCCUUACGUGGCCAUUACUGUAGACGACAAGGAGGUUCUCGCCAAGACUCGUCACAAGGACAGCACCACGAGUCCCCAAUUCAAGGAGACGAAGUUCAUUCUUCUCAAGGAGCAGGACAUUGGCAACAGCUUCUUGGUCAUGGCUCUCAUGGACUACAACGACCGUCGUCCUGAUUCUCGGUUGGGCGCUGCUUCCUUCCAGCUGCAUACGCUCGAGACUCAACCUGAGCAGGAGAACCUCUCGACACCCGUCAUUCUCAACGGUAAGGAGCGCGGUGAAGUACAGUACUCACUUAGUUACUACCCUGUCAUCAAGCCAAAGGUCGAUGCCAAUGGUAAAGCCGAGCCACUACCUCAGACCCGAUCCGGUGUUGUCCGCCUGACCGUGCACCAGGCAAAGGACCUGCCCAAGCGGUCAGGUGUGAUCGGCGGCGACGUCAAUCCCAGGGCACGAGUGCUUUUGAAUGGUGUCAAGAUCAAGGACAGUGACGCGUUGAAGAGGACUCUCACUCCGAUUUGGGAGAUGGCGACCGAAUUCCUUGUGACGGAGAGGAAGAGGGCAGUCAUCGGAGUGCAGAUUGUGGACGAUCACGGUCUUACCGGUGACCCGGUCAUCUCUUACCUCAGUGUCAAGCUCGACGACCUGCUCAAGGCAAAGGAGCGGUCUCAGGACUGGUUCCCUCUCACGAAGGACGGUCGACUGAGAAUGAGCGCAGAAUGGAAACCUGUGCAGAUGGCUGGAUCCCUCAAUGGUGGAUCCGCUUGGUCUCCUCCUAUUGGUGCCGUCAAGAUCUGGGCAAAAGAAGCCAAGGGAGUCAAGAAUGUCGAGUUGGGCGGCAAGAGCGAUCCCUUUGUUCGUCUUAUCAGCCGCGGUCUUCAACAAGAUGCGAGUGUCGUGCGAAACAACACGCUGGACCCCGAGUGGGACGAGUAUCUCUACUGCACAGUGCAAUCUCUGCAAGACCGUAUCGGAGUCGAGGUCAUGGACUACGAGAACAACGGUCCUCCACGGUCGCUCGGUAUCGUCGAGAUUCAGCCACGCGAGUUUGCUUCUGAGACCGGCAAUCUUAAGCGUCCUUAUCACAGCAGUGGAAAGCAAAGACGGAAAGACAAGCUCCAUCUGGGUCGUAAUGUCUACAAGGGCGAGAUUGAAUUUGUGGCCGAAUUCUUGCCAGCUGAAAAUGUCAAGAUCAGCGACUUUAGCGGUGCUGGCAACGAGGCACAGGCUAAGGCAGCCGAUGUUACCGAUGCCGAUGGUGACGAAGCCAAGGCAGUCGACGGCACCAUGACCGAAGCAAACAUGAGUCUGGACACAGAAGGCAGCUUGGAGCGAAAGGGCACGAUCACCAGAGCGACAAAUGGCAAGGCGAGCAGCUCGCCUGAUAACGCUUCCAUCCGGAGUGUGGCAACUGCCAAGACCUCUGACACUGCUGCUGUUGAGGCGAUGACGGAGAAGGCACGUGCUGCUGGAGCUACGAUGACGGAGGAGCAGCUGCUCAAGUGCCAAAGCGGUAUCAUUGCUUUCAAUCUCCUCGAUGGCAACAUUGCCAAGAGGAAUGCCCGACUGGAAGUCUCUUUCGACGAUGGGUACUGGCCGGCAUUCGAGACGCAGCCCUCUCGAACUCAUGGCCAGACUACCUUCGAUGAAGUGGGUGAACACGUAAUCAAGGAGCUCGACUGGUCGCGCAUGAUGCUCAAGCUGAGGACAGGUCCAAGGGACGAAGACGUCUUUGCCGAGUUCCAAGGUAACACCAAGGACGUGCUUGAGCGUACGCUGAACAAGGUCGGUGAGCUGACACUAGCGUCCGACGCUGGAACACACAAGUCUACAGUCAGGCUGGAAUGUCGUUACAUUCCCUGCGACGUCCACCUAGAGGCAGUCGAGUCCAUCAACAAUCAGGGAUUCCUCAGGAUCGACUUGGUCAAUGCCACCAAUCUUCGAGCAGCCGACAGCGGUAUCAUCGGCGGCAAGUCCUCUGAUCCCUACGUCUGCUUCCAGCUGAAUGGCGAGCGUAUACUAAAAUCAAAGACGAUCAAGAAGACUCUCAACCCCACGUGGGACGAGAGUCUAGGAGAAGCCGAAAUUCCUUCGAGAGUACACGCAAAGGCCGUUUUGGAAAUCUUUGACUGGGAUCAAGUGGGCACGCCUGAUCGCCUCGGCGAAGUGGUCUUGGACCUCAAUGAGCUCGAGCCAUUCGAGUCAAUGACCAAGACUUUGCCCAUCACGGGUAAAGGAGCCGGAGAGGGCGGUCAGCUUACAUUCCGCCUCGUCUUCCGACCCGAAUUUGUCGCCUCUAUCAGGGGACGAAGAGGCACCAGUCUCAACCUAGGCAAGACCUUCACAGGCGGUGUCACCGGCGUUGGCCGUCUUGGAGUCGCAGGCGUGCGAGGCGUAGGUACCGUAGGCCUCGCCGGCGCCAAGGGGGUAGGCACGGUAGGCUCCGCUGGUGUGCGGGGGGUGGGCGCCGUGGGAGCAGGUGUGGGCAAGGGAGCCUAUGGCGUUGCGGGUGGGGUGGGGCACGGGGUAGGUGCAGUAGGCAAAAGCGUCUUUGGUACGGUGCGUGGCAGGAAGGCCUCCGUAGGGGACAAACAGGCACAAGCUGCCAUUCUCGAGUCGCGAGGUGAAGACGAGAUGAUCCCUGCCGUGCCGCAACAAGCGGCUGCGGUGGAUGGGUACGGUCAGUCCCAGGCUCAUCAGAAUGGGGACGGAGCCAUGCGCAGAUCGAUGAGCUUCCGCGGUGCAGGUGGAGCGGAUUCGGCGUCCAUUGCCAACGAAUCCACCGCAGGAGCGUCUCCGAAAGCGUCUAAGAAGAGCAAGUUCCACAAUCCUUUCCAUAUGCGAAAGCAGGAUUCGGGGGAUCGCUGAAGGGUGCACAGGGCUGUAUAGGUCAGCUGAACCAGGUGAUGGAGUAGGGAAGCUCGGGCGAAGUAAAGACAAUGGGGCUGUGGAAUGUGGAUAGAAUGAUCUGAGCAGGACGCUUCGUUGACUCGUUUAGCCUCGACUCGUGCGGAUUGUGUAUACCAAUGUGCCUCGCUCUCGCUCGCUCCCUUGCUUAAUGGAAUCAUGCCUAUCAUCU